GCAAGGCCCCUCUCCGCUCACGCAUUCGCCACAGCACUCUCUCUCCCUCCCGACCCUCGCAGUCGCCGUCCACUCCUCUCCCCGAGCCCCCCCCGCAGCCGCGCCGUCCGCCCCGACAGGGCAGGAGAGCGGCAGGAUGCCGGCGACGCCGACGAUCAUCGGCGCCCUCCUGGGGCUGGGCACCCAGAUGUACUCCAACGCCCUCCGCAAGCUCCCCUACAUGCGCCAUCCCUGGGAGCAUGUGUUGGGGAUGGGUAUUGGUGCAGUGUUUGUGAACCAGCUAGUAAAGUUUGAUGAGAAGCUCAAGGAGGACCUUGACAAGAUGCUUGAACGCGCCAGGGAAGCCAAUGAACGGCGCUACAUUGAGCUAUGCUGAUUUGACCCAAACUGCUACACUGUCGCCUGUUGUGUCUGAAAGUGGAUGCCUGAAGAAUUUUCAUGACGACAUAUAGGGAGUAAGAGCAUGACUGAAUUUGCUUCCAUUUUUAUUGUGUGAUGUGGAUAGCAAAUGUAGUACAAACAAGUUAUAUAUUGGCAAUUUACUCUUAUUUGUCUUUACUGUGUUUUGCACAGUAUCCAUUCGCACAAGAUGUUUCAAACCAAUGGACUCAACAAAUCUGUAUUUUUCUUUGGCAAAUUGUUUGAAAUACAUUUACUGUAGAUGUAGCCUUGAUCCUCGAGUAGCAUGCUGAGUGGCCACACCAUUUUGGGAUCCCAAAAAUUCAUAUUCGCUAUGGGGAUGGAGAGAGGAGUUCAUUGCUACCUUUGGCCUUAUCUAUUAUUAAUACAGUACUUGGAUUAGGCAUCAUUCCUUAACUUGCAAAUGCAUUCGGUCGAAAUGUAAUUCUGUAUUCUUGUUUUAACUCUAAUACUCUAUAGAGAUUU